AUUGUGUUGCUUGGCGCGCUUGCGAAUGAUGGCACAAGUCUGUCUGCUGUCUGGGGCGCUCUGGACACUCUUCUGUUGCUCCGGGGUGAGCAAUGCAACCAAACCCUCAACAUGUGUGGCAACAGCUUGGGCCGGUUGGCCUUGUGCAACAAGACCAUGCAACCUGCGGGAGAUGGUGAUGCAGUCUUGGUUCUGCACCUGAUGCUGAAGCAGAGUAUCACCUGGCCCGAUGCACACUGCGCCCCGGCGGGCUUUUGCCGUUGAUCCUAACAAAGAUCUGUAUGACUGGCCCAGGUGCAGUCGCAAUGAUGGUUUCCUGAUCUCCGAUAUCAUGUGCACACAAGGUGUCUGCUGGUGCAAGGAUCUGGGCUCCAUGCCGGACUUUACAUUUGGUAACCGCAAGAUCUACCAUGCUGAUUCCCUGGGGAUCUGGCUCAGCGUCAGCGUUGCAUGCCCGACUGAUUACCUGAACAUGCGCAUCGGUGGGUGGUACCUGCGAGGUUGUGGAGCGUGCGUCCAAAAGGUCACAUUUGCCCCCACCUGGCUCUCUCAAGGUGAUUGUGAUGCAAUCCUGAUCGCGGAUGCCGUGGGCACUGAGCUGAUCGCUCGGCUGGAUGCACUUUGCCUGGUAUGCCCCUCCAGGAGCGUCAAAGCGGAUGCAUGAGACUGCUUCUUGCAAGGUGGCGUGUGGUGCGACUCGAACUAUCUUGGUGCCAUGCGGAGUCCGGAGGAAGAUCUGGAGGCUCUCACGCCCCCCGGAAAUUACCUGCACAUCCUGGGCUCCCUGGUCAGAGCCAGACACGUCAAGCAUGCUAUGCGCUUCCGCUAGAACAACUUUGCCGUCUGCACUCCAAACUCUCAGGCGCGUGCCUGGCGAAUUGCACCCAUCGUGGAUGGAGAACGGGAUGGUGGGAGAAACCUGAGCGGCCUGGUUCCUAGGGUCAAGUCGAGACAGCAGGAUGUGCAAAUGCGGCACACAUUGCACACUCAGAAAUGCGUCUGCGAAGAGCUGGCUGUCAGGUUCAAGGAAUCUGGUGUACGUAGAAACCCUCGUGUUCUUAACGUGAUCUGCGA